AUGAGCUGUUCGAUUCCACUGAAAAUUUUAAAAUUAUUACCAAAUCAUAUUGUAACAAAUUUAACAGCCACAAAGUUAUCAAAUUGUACUAUACGCAGUUCGAUCAAUGAAUGGUCUACUUUGAAAACUGAGAGAAAUACUGCACCUUCGUUAUUAUUAAAAUACGAAUUCAAAUCAAUAAUUCAGCGAAUGAUCAUAUUAUCAAUGAAAGGAAGUUACAAUUAUCUGUUAUUGUUCCUAUCAUUAAUAAUUUAUAUGUCUAGACAAUCAGUAGUCGAUUCGGCUGUAGAGCGAGGUAAUGACUGUCCAGAAAGUCAACCAUGGCCUUGUCGAACACCGAGAGUAUGUUUAUCUUUCGAUUUUAUCUGUGAUGGAGAACCAGACUGUCCAGAUGAAUAUGAUGAAGAUCCGGAAAUGUGUACGGCAAAACUGAGACCAGCACAAGAACAUUUAGCUGGAUUUAUACAUCGUUAUCAAAACUGGCUGAUACCAACGUUUCUAGGACACGGGACACCGGAGGAACUAGCUGCCAAACUUGUUGAAAGUAAAACAGUAUCCGAUUAUGCAAGAGCAGCAAAAUUGAAUGGAACACAAUUGAGAAAUUUAAUCAAAUUAAUGGAAGGUGUGCAGUCUGGCAAAGAAAUGGAAUUAUUUCUAAUGGGUAUGCCAUUAGGUGCAUGGAGUGAACUAUACACUUUAUUUCAUCGAAUAUAUAUCAGUGGAUUUUUAGAUAAUUUAGAACCGGCGGAAAAUUUCCAAUCGUUAAAUAAACAACAAAAAGAAGAAUUUUGGCGAAAUCAUAUUCAACAACAAGUUAAACGUUUUCUUUAUUAA